AUGGCAGCCAUGAGUUUAUUGCAGCAGGCUUCGGUCACUGCAGUGACAGUUCUGUCUGGCCGCUGCGCUGGCACUCCGCUCGGAUUCGGAGGCUUCCUCACCCGUGUUUUCCCGAAGACUAUUGGUGUAGCUGAAUUAGCAGAAAUUCCAGAAGGCUAUAUUCCAGAACAUUGGGAAUAUUACAAGCAUCCUAUAUCAAGAUGGAUUGCUCGUACUUUCUUUGAGUGCCCUGAAAAGAAUUAUGAAAAAACAAUGGCUGUUCUUCAGAUUGAAUCCAAAAAGGCUGAAUUACGGUUAAAGGAGCUGGAAGUUCGAAGACUAAUGCGUGCGAGAGGUGAUGGACCCUGGUAUCAAUAUCCAACUGUUGACUAGGCGCUUAUUGAUUAUUCUCCAAAAGCAACUCUUGACAACUAAUCAUUUAUUUCUUUAAAUACAAAGCAUAUUCUCCCAAGUGGAAUAUAAAUGAGUAAAUAUAGUGUGUAUUUUUGCUCUGUAAUGAAUAAAAGAGCUUCUUCCAUU